GAAACCAAACCGACCGUUCUCCGUCGACGCCGCCGUCCUUUGUCGCUCUCGCGCCUCCGCCUCUCUUCAUCUCUCUCGUGCUUCAGCCCCUCUCACUUUCUCGCCGUCUCUCUUCUCCGUACGCCGCCCGCCUUCUCGCCGCGUCACGCAGCACAUCAGCGCCCGCCUUCCCUCCCCCGCUGGUUCACGGCUUCCUCUCUCCCUUUCUGGCUGUCGCCAUCUUUCUCUUUUCCGCUGGCUCAUGUCAAAGCUGCCACCAAAUCUUCCUUCGUCAGUCGCCCUGUAGCGCGUCCUCGGUCCCUGCCACCGGGUCCCGGCCAUUACUUAUUCCGGCCUUCGACUGUCUUCUAGGAGGAUAGGAAGAGGGAAGAGAUGUUUUGAGGAGGGAUUCGAGGAGGUUCCUACGUUUCCAUAGGAGAGAGACAGAGCGCUAGAGAGAGAGGUAAGACUGUUGACUCCAUUUCCUUUUGUUUGUAUUUGAUUCUGGAAACUCCAAAAACCCUAAGCCCUAAUGGUAUAAAGUCUCAAACUCCAAUCUUCAUCUUAUUCUUCGGAAAAAGCUUUGCGUUCUCUGCUUGCUGGUUGAUAGAUUAGAUUGUUCUGAACUUAAAAUCGUAGAAAAACCCAUCAAAAUCUAACCUUUCUCAUUGGAGACAACGAUCAGGACAAAGAUGCUUCUGCUGCUUGUCAAUAGAAGGUUUAGAGAACUGGUGUUAUGUUAUCCCAAAAAUUUGGCUUUCUCACACACACAAAAGUCCAACUAUGUGGAUGUGAAAAUGAAAUGGAUGAAGGAUCCUUUAUAUGAUUCUGUUAACAUCCUUCUCAAAUCCAAGGAGCUCCGACCACUCAUCUCCCUCAAGAACAUUAUUUCCAAAGAACCCACUGGCUGUAUCCCCAUCUCUGCCGUCUCCAAGCAGAACCGCAUUCUAGAAGUCUCUGGCAAGGUUGCAGGAUUUCUCAGGAGGUACCCAGCUGUUUUCGAGGAGUUCACCAGUCCAAAGUACAACCUCCCAUGGUUCAAGCUCACUCAAGAAGCUGCUGAUCUUCAUCACAGAGAGUGUAAAGUCUAUGCGGCCCAUCGGUCAGAGAUUGUCGACAGAUUGAGGAGAUUGAUCCUUAUGUCGAGGGAGAGGAGUCUGCCUUUGAGGACAGUCCAAGGUAUGUUAUGGUAUCUCGGAUUGCCCGAAGAUUAUCUUAAAAAUUCAGAAGAGAUUUCAAAAGGAUACUUUCAGAUCGUGGAUAUGGGAGAUGGAGAGCAGGGAUUGAGUGCAUCAAUUUGUUCAAAUGAGCAGGUGUUUUCUGUGCUACAAAGGAAUGCAAUGAAGUCAAAUGGGAUCCUUCACUCGCCACCAUCAGUCAUUGACUUUCCUCUUUUCCCUUCUAAAGGUUUUCGCUUAAAGCGGAAGAUUGAGCAGUGGUUAGAAGAAUUUCAGAAGGUCGAGUAUGUCUCCCCAUAUGAAACUUUUUCAAGCUUGGAUCCGAAUAGUGAUAUUUCAGAGAAGCGGGUGGCUGGGGUUCUUCACGAAUUGCUCUCUCUCUUUGUAGAUAACUCUGCUGAAAGGCGGAGGCUGCUUUGCCUCAAGAAGCAUUUAGGUUUGCCGCAAAAGUUUCAUAUGGUGUUUGAACGCCAUCCCCAUAUUUUUUACCUCUUGCUGAAGAGCAAGACUUGUUUUGUUGUCCUUAAAGAAGCAUACUGUGCUGGCUCAGAAACUGCUAUUGAGAGGCACCCUCUUCUGGGAGUGAGGGAAGGGUAUGUGAGGCUGAUGAUUGAGUCGGAGGCUAUUCUGAGAAGCCGAAGGAGUACGAAACCUUUGGAAGAAAUAUCAUAAGGAAAUUAAGAUGCAAAUCCCGGUUCCAAGAGUAGAGAAAAUCCUGAUUCUGUGUAGAUGGGAAAUGGAAGAAGGCUGCCAUAACUAGUUCUGUAAAUUUCAAUGGUAGCUAGAGUGCCAGAACACCAUAGUGGUUGCACAACAUGCUGAGUUAAUAUUAAAAAAAAAGAGCCCAUGCAAGUACUCCAUUGUUGUUAAUAUUAAAAAAAAAGCUACUGUUUUAUUGAAGCAUCAGUGUGAAGCUUCAGAUCAAAUUACAAGAUCUACAUCCCAGUAGAACUGAAGAACCCAAGAUACAGGAUGCAUCCAAUAAUCUCAUUAAAAAUUUUCUUGUCUCUUUUGCUUAUUCAUGAAAUAUGAGGAUCAAGAAUCAGCUAUUGUGCUGGAUAAUGUGUGGCUUCAACAUUGAAAAUCAUCAUGCUGCCACAAUUCAUAUUCCAGUUUCAUCAUCAGGAUUGCUAUUUAUUACCAAUGAUGGAGCUUUCAAGUUAAAUAUGCACAUCUCAAACCUAGUAGUUUGUAUCAGCUAGAGUUGUCA